AUGUUUACACUCUCUAUCUCUCAGAUCCUGAGGCGAGUCUACCUCCUCACACUCCCGGUGAUAUGUGUGGCAGGUGUGGUAGGAAACCUGCUGGCCCUGUUUGUCUUUAUCUCAAAGACGCUCCGGAGAACCUCCUGCAGCUGGUAUCUAGCUGCCAGGUGUGUGUCAGAUGGCGGCUUUCUGCUGGCCAGUCUUUUAACGUGGGGCUCUGAUGUUUCCAGAACUAAGUACUUCCACACUGACGGUCUCUGUCAGGUGAUCGUGUUCCUGACAUUCAUAUUUGCCUUUAUGUCCGUGUGGCUGACUGUCAGUGUCACAGUCGAGAACUACAUUCGGAUCUGUCGACCGUUCAGUUGGUUGAGUGUGAACAGUUUUUUUUUUUUUCAGUGGUUAUCUUUUGUGGACAUGCUGGCAACCUUGGUGAUCCCGUCACUGAUCAUCAUCAUCCUCAUGAUGGCGAUAACUGUCAGUCUGGUGCAAACGAUCAAACGUCAGUCCAGGCUUCAGCAAAGCUCUUCCAGAACCACACAUAGCAACAUAAUGACUCCAAAACAGGUAACGGGUAUGCUGUUUGCUGUUUCCUUCUGUUUUAUCAUCCUCAAUGGACCUAGCCACGUGAUUCGCUUGAUUAUGGUCAUUGAUGAGUUUAUGGGUAAAACAAGCAACAGCCUUUCUGUGGAACAGCAGGUUCAAUUCAUUUACUACUUGAGUUUUGCCGUCAACCUGAUUAUCUACCUGACCUGUGGACACAGCUUUCGAAGACAGUUUAAAGAAACCUAUUUUGUUCUAUGUCCACGCCACCAGCUGCCCACUGGCCAGAGCGAGAUGACCGCGAUGUCUGUUGUAAAGACGGAGGAAGACCAUAGAAACGAGGAUCUCACAGAGCUGCUUGAAAAUGGUCCUUGUACCAGUGGCAGUGAAAGUAGAACUUAA